UGUGAGCAGUUUGCAAGGUGUGGCUCACAUCAAGCACUCCUACAUACAUUGUAUACUUAGAUUUACUUUAGCUUAAGCUUGUACUGUGUUUUAGUCAAAACAUGGAACUUUCUGAGAUUAACAGAACUUGUCAAAGUGCUUGUGAGGAGGAUCCAGUCACCCCACAGCAGCAGUCUCGCUAUGAUUCCAUCCGAUCCCCUUCUAGAUCCAGGAGACAAAGUGGCUUUGAGUGUGAAUUUGUUGUUCCUGCUCCUACCCUCAUCCAAACAGAGUGCUCCAUCUGUUUACUCAUACUUAAAGAGCCUUAUCUUAUUGGCUGUUGUGGACAUAACUUCUGUAAAGUUUGUAUCGAGCAAAUCAAAGCCAAAGCCAUGCCCUGUCCGCUGUGUGGUGAACAGGAGUAUGGCGUCCUGCCCAACAAAGGUCUGCAAAGAUCGAUGAAUGAACUCAAAGUCGAGUGUUCCAAGAAGAGCGUUGGUUGUUUAUGGACUGGGGACCUGGGCAGCUUCAACACACAUUUGAAUGAAACGUACGACUCAUAUACACAACUUUCAGGCUGUAGCUAUGUCGAAGUUGAAUGUAAGCACGGUUGUGGAGGUCGUUUUCUUCGUAACUUCGUGUCGAAUCAUCAGAAUGAGAAAUGUCCUCAGAGACCGUUUUGUUGUGACUAUUGUCGUGACUAUAACUCUAUCCAUGCUGAUGUGGUGCAUAGGCACUGGCCUUUAUGCAAAUUCUACCCUCUAAGAUGCCCAAACAAAUGCACUGUGUAUGCUAUAGAACGUCAGAACAUGGAGAAUCAUCUCGAAAAUGAAUGCCCACUCAAGGUGAUAGAUUGUGAAUUCCAAUAUACUGGUUGUACUGUCAGGUUGCCUAGACAAGAUAUGCCUACUCACACGUCCAAAAUGUACAUCGAACACAUGACACUUCUCAGCUCACUCAAUCAGAAACUGAUUGAAGACUUGUCCGCCAAAGAUGACGAUUUUGCGGUGUUUUCUGACGAGGUGAAUUCCAAGAUAUCGAAUAACGAAGCUGAAAUUGAACAACUAAGAAAUGAAAAUUCCAUGUUGAAACACACAUUAGCUGAAAUGCGGUCUGAUAUGCAGACAAUGUUUGUUCAGAUAAAGCAAUCCAUCACCAAACUACAGGACCAGCCUAAAAUCCAAGAAGAGAAGCUGAAACAACACAGUGAUUUUUGUCAGUCCAAUGUCGACAGUCUCAACUCUAGUCUCGAUUCUGUUCAAUCUAGCCUCUCAACACAGUGCUACUCCAUACAAGCACACAUGGGCUUGUUUCCGAUCGUCUUCAAACUAAACAAUUUCGAAAAGCACCGUGAAAAUGGAACCAAUUGGAUCAGCCCCCCAUUUCGAUCUAGUCGUGACGGAUACAAACUCUGCUUAGUUGUUGAGUGUAAAGUUGAUGGCGGUUUUGUGUCUGUGUAUGCUUGUCUGAUGCAGGGGGACUCUGAUGACUCGCUCUCCUGGCCAUUCUGUGGUGAGAUAACCAUUCAGCUGUUGAACCAACUCGGCGAUCGUCAUCACGCAACAGGGACCAUUCGAUUCACUCUGUUCACACCGUCAGUUUACGCAGCCAGAGUGUACGACUCAGAGCACGGGCCUAAAGGAUGGGGGCAGCAGAAAUUCAUUGGUCACCAAGAACUUGGCUAUAAUGGCGUCAAGAAGAGACAGUACUUAUUGAAUGACUGCUUGUGUUUUAGAAUAUCAAGAGUUGAAGCUCUCAAGACAUUGUAAUGAUCAGUAACCAACCAUCUAUAAAUUAUGUACAUUCAAUUAUUUUCUUUUUAGGGUGUCAUUUUGUGCUUGUACUGAAUGUCAAACAAUGUUCAUUCAAUGAUUGUUUAGCAAAACAA